CUGCUUAUGACCAACGUCGCGCUCCUUGUUUGGCGGUGCUAAACAGUAAACACCCACCGACGUGACACCCACAUUUGAACGAUACGUUUUUAACCGAAGGAGCCCGUUUUCUUUUCUAUAUCCGGCCAUCGUUAUAAGUCCGCUGAAUCUGAACUCUGAAGCCAAGCAACGGCAAGUGCUACCACUUUGGUCUUCUUGAAGGAUCUUGGCUCCUUUUGGUGAUUAGAAUUCGACCCUCUUCUGGAAUUUUGGAAAGAGUCAGCUGCUGCACUAUUGUAUAUUAGUGAUUUUAUCAUCCCAAAUGGAGCAGUUGAGGAGUUAGCAACUUUUUUACAUUGGGUUACCUUACCAACAUCCUAGUUUUACAAACCAUAUGGAUACUAUUUCGAACGAUGACAUGGAUAAACCACUGCUUUCAGGAUUAGAGAAUGCCUCUAACCAAUUUGAGGGAAAGCUUAGAUCUAGUAGAAGAAGGUAUCGUCGAUGUAGAAGUGCCCCUGCAGUUGAUCCUGUUGCAGAAAAAGCCAAGGUUUCUGGCCCACUCCCAUUGUCUGGACAAGGCUUUCAUAAGUUUCAUCCUAGUUUCAAGCAGGUCUUUGUAUUCUUGGGCAUCUACAUAGGGGUGGGAACUCUCUGUUUUUUUUAUAUUCAAAAACAAAUUGACGGGAAGAAAACAAAUGGAGUUAUUGAUGCUAUUUAUUUCUGUAUUGUGACCAUGACAACUGUUGGCUAUGGAGACCUGGUUCCAGCUAGUGAUGUUGCUAAACUCCUUGCCUGUGCUUUUGUCUUCACGGGCAUGGCACUGGUGGGACUAAUCCUUGGCAGUGCAGCUGACUAUCUUGUGGAGAAACAGGAACUAUACUUCAUCAAAGCAUUGCAUGUUCGCAAAAAGGUUUCUCCAUCUGAUAUUGUAAAAGAACUUCAGAGCAAUAGAGUGAAAUAUAAGGUGGUGAUGAUUUCAGGAGCUGUCUUUGUCCUGAUAGUAAUGGGAACUGUAUACUUAUACAAAAUUGAGAAAUUGAAUCUUGUUGAUGCCUUUUAUUGUGUUUGCUCCACUAUCACAACUUUAGGCUAUGGUGAUAAGAGUUUUUCAACUGAAGGUGGGCGUACUUUUGCCAUCAUUUGGAUUCUAAUCAGUACAGUCUGCGUGGCUCUGUUAUUUCUCUACCUUGCCGAGUGGGCUACUGAGCACAGACAACAGUCACUAGCCAAGUGGGUUCUUACAAGAAAAAUGACCUUCCUUGAUCUUGAAGCAGCAGAUAUGGACGAUGAUGGAGUUGUAAGUCCUGCAGAAUUUGUAAUAUACAAGCUGAAAGAGAUGGAGAAGAUAAGCGAAGAAGAUGUUUCACGUAUACUAGAGGAGUUCGACAAUCUUGAUGUUGAUAAGUCAGGAACAUUGACUCUGUCUGAUUUGGCACUUGCUCACCAAAUGCAGUGAUGUUUUUGUUUUCUCUGCAAAUGGAUGGGGUAGAAUGGGGAAGUAUGUUCAAUAUAUGUUCAUGAGAAUAAAUGUCAUGAGUCCCCACACACUUAUGGUGGAUGAACUAGGCCAUCUUCCUUGUUGGUCUAAGAUUGGUUUGUGCUACGUUCUUUUAACCAUAUCUCUCUGGUUUUUUUUUA